AAUCUUAAAAUUAUACAAAUUAACAAUACUUGUUAGAAGACUUUCGAAUGAUCAAUUAGGAUCAUAUCAGCACUAGUACAAGUAGAAGACUUAACUUCUAAUUGGCGACCAAGUAAAGGAACUGGCAGUGAUAAUGAUAGAAUGCGCAAGCUGCUAUCCUUACACUUCCUCUCUUUGAAAAGACAACUUAAAAUGUUAAAAUGUGCAUGCAGAUAUCGAAAAAGUACGCCUGCAUCACCCUGGGAGGGAUUGCGAUUAUUCUAUCAGCAGUGGAGUUAUCAUAUAACGCCUAUGAGAUUGUCACAAUGGGCUUAAAUGAUUGGUUACUGGCAGCCGUGGUUGCGUGGAUCCCGAUUUCAUUUGCCGCAGUUCUCCUGAUUAUUGGCGCAAUUUUUAAAAUCAAGUUUCUGCUGUUGUUGUGGAGUCUGGUUGCACUGGUGUUCGGAAUAGGACUGGUGGUUAUAAAGACUGGGUUGCUUAUACUUGUGUAUGACAGUGCGGCACCGGAGGAAAGUCUUCUCAUUGCUACUUUAAAUAUAAUAUUCUUAUUAUUGGUCUUUAUUUUUGUAUAUUACCCUUAUGCUUACGUUCGUGAACUGCAAGAAGAGCAAAACAACUUUGAUAAUUAAGAGAGACACAAAAAGUCACUACUUCUGUAAAAAUCAUCACUAAACUUGAUUAUAAUCUGCGGACAAGAAGCUCCUACUACGACUGGCUAUCCGUUUUAUUGAAAUCGAAAAAUCGCAUUACUCUGCGACCUUCGGACUCUAUUGUGAUUUCGAUUUUUUUAUAAAAACAAACAGUAGGCAGUGACCGGGAUCCGAAUUUGCAUAAAAUAACAGAAGCAAUAACAAUGGGUGACAACAAAUCAAAUGCGAAUGGCAAUCCGACCGCAAAUAGAAAGUGAAAAUCAAACACAAAACGCUACCGUUUAUUCCUGUGCUUUCGUAUUUCGUACAUUUUUGGGUGCCUUUUCUUUCUUUUGUGUUUAUUUGUCGGGAGUCUAAUUUAAAUAAACAUUUAUUUGUACAAAGGCUUUAAUACGUUUGGCAAAUGACUUCCUGAAUUUUGUGCAGCGAGUACCAGCCCAACUGCCGUCUAGCCGAAUUGCAUAAUCGGUGAGACAAAUGCAGGGGAUUAUGAAAUCCUUCGCUCACAGCCUGCAAAUCUGCAAAGCUGAAAACACGAGCGCGAGCUGCACCAGCUUUUUGCCGCGGAGACGCCACCGAACGGGGAACAACCUGUCGCAUAUUUAAAGCGAUUAACGGCACGAUUUCAGUCGCUGCCUGCCAGCAACAGCAACACAGCAGCAGCAACAGCACAGCAGCAACAUCGCAGCAGCAACAGCAACACAGCAGCAGCAGCAGCAACACGGUGGCAAGGCUUCAGCAUGAAAAUUGAAAUUGAAAUUGAAAUGCUUUUGGCAGUGCCAACACAGCA